AUGGGAAAACGAAAUAGAGCAACGAUGUUACCAAUUAAUUUACCACAAUUACAAAAUCUUAUAAAAAGGGAUCCUAUAUCUUACAAACAAGAUUUUUUGCAACAAUAUCGACAUUUUGAAUCACAGUUGGACAUUUUUAAAUUGAAACCCGACGAAGAAGCUGAAGAAUUCGGAAGGUUGAUAACUUUCAUUUCACAGGUAGCACAAUGCUAUUCACAAGAAACCAGCUCGUUUCCAAACCAAUUAAUAAAUUUGCUUUCAGAAUGUUAUCAAAUUUUAAAUCCUAAUGUACGUAGAACUAUGGUACAAGCAUUGGUUUUGUUACGUAAUAAAGAUAUUAUACCGAGUAUCACACUAUUAUCCUUAUUCUUUACAUUAUUCCGAGCUAGAGACAAGCAAUUAAGAGAAUUGUUAUAUUCGUAUAUAGUAACGGAUAUAAAAAAUCAAAAUUCUAAGCAUAAAAAUAAUAAACUUAAUAAAACCUUACAAAGUUUUAUGUAUACAAUCUUACAAGGACGACAGCAGCAACAACAAGAACAAAAUAAUGUUAAAAUAGGGGGAGAAAGAAUUGAUUCUAAAAUGGGUGAAGAUUCAAUUUCUGCAAAAAAAAGUCUGGAUGUUUGUAUUGAAUUAUAUAGAAAAGGAAUUUGGAAUGAUGCAAAAACAGUUAAUGUAAUAGCUGAGGCUUGUUUUCAUCAAAUAUCAAAAAUUAAAGUUACUGCAAUCAAAUUUUUUUUGGGUUCAAAUCAAGAUCAAGAUGAUAGUAGUGAAGAUGAGAAGGAAAUACCAAAUAUAAAAAGAUUACAACACAUUAAUCAGAUUAAUAAAGCAAAAAAAUCUAAAAAAAGAAAAUUAGAUAAAGCCUUGUCAACGGUUCGUAAAAAAGAAAUACAAAAACAUAGAGCAGAAAAUUUUAAUUUUUCUGCUUUACAUCUGUUAAAUGAUCCUCAAGGAUUUUCCGAAAAGUUAUUUUCUACUUUAACAAGCUCACAGUAUAAUGAUCGUUUUGAAGUUAAAAUAAUAACUUUAAAUUUAAUUUCUCGUAUAAUUGGUAUUCAUAAAUUAGUCCUGUUAAAUUUUUAUAGCUAUUUACAAAGAUACUUGCAACCACAUCAACGUGAUGUUACAUUAGUAUUGGUAAUAUUGGCUCAAGCUUGUCACGAACUUGUUCCCCCUGACGUAUUAGAACCUGUCGUAAGAGUUAUUGCUAAUAAUUUUGUUAGCGAUCAUUGCGCUGGGGAAGUUAUGGCCGCUGGGUUAAACGCUAUAAGAGAGAUUUGUUCAAGGCAACCAUUAGCUAUAGAUCUUACUCUUUUACAAGAUUUAACAGAAUAUCGCUCAGAUAAGAAUAAAGGUGUUAUGAUCGCUGCUAGAUCUUUAAUUGGAUUAUUUCGGGAAAUUAAUCCGGAAUUAUUGAAACGAAAAGAUAGGGGUAAAGCAGCAAGUAUAAAUUUAAAAGAUUUUAAACCAUUACAAUAUGGUCAAGUUCGUACCAUGGAACAAAUUGAUGGAAUUGAAUUAUUGGAAGAAUAUAAACAAAAGCUUGUUCGUUCUGAAAAUGAAGACGAAUGGUCAAGAUGGGAAAUCGCUUCAGAUAAAGAUAAUUCAAGUGAUGAUGAAGGGUGGAUUAAUGUAUCUUCUGAUGAUAAUCAAGAUAUUAAUGUUAGUGAUAGUAGUGAUGAAGAAGAUAGUAAAAUUAAUGAGAAUGAGAAUGAAAACAAUGAUAAAGCAAAGAAAAUCUCAACUUUAGCGAUGACUCAGCUUUUAAGUCCAGCGGAUUUUGCAAAGUUGAAUGAACUUAAAUUAGAACAUAAAUCUGAACAAUUAGUAAAUGGAGUGAAACGAAAUAGGAGUUCUACACAAGAUGAGCCUUCUGACAUUGUCGAUGUGAAUGCAAUCACUGGCCCACGCAAAAAAGCUAAACAGGAUUACGAAGAACGUUUAGAAUCAAUUAGAGCUGGACGUGAGGGACGUGAAAAGUAUGGAAGUUCAAAAGGCAAAAAGUUUGAAGGUGCUAGCACCACUAACAAAGAAAAAGCUAGAAACAAAGCUUUUAUGAUGGUCAUACAUAAGAAGAAUGCAUUGCAGAAAAAGAAGAUGAGUUUAAGGGACAAACAGAUCCAAUUAACAAGACAAAGCAGUAAUAAGAAAAGAUCAAAGAAAUAA